UUAGAAAGUCAGGAUUUAUUUUCAUGAAUCAUCUGAGUUUUGAUUAUAGAAAUAAUUUUUAAUGAAAUUAAGAGACUUGUUGAAGAAUAUUCUUGAACCGGUAACUGAGGCCUUCUGAGUUUCAUUUGAAGAAUUCAUUUUCACUUACGUGAUGGUCAUAUUUGAGAAUGCACAGAUGAUUGUAAGCAGUGUAGGUUUUUUAUCCAUCAUGACUAACAGCUUACUGAAGACGUCCUCUUCUUGGUUCCUGAGGCCUCCGCACCUAAAACAGAAUGCCUUUGAAAAUGGUUUCUCUUCUAAUAAGCAUUCUGAAAUCCAUAUUUUCUUACCUCCAGAUGAAGAAUAUUCCAUUCGGAAAUAUUGUCCCCUAACUCUAAACCACCUGUUGCCCGAUCUUCGCCAUUCUACGAAAGAGCAAGAAGAAGAUGCGACAGCAGAGUUCGAUACAAUAAUGUUGAACAAAUUCGAGAAACAUCUGGAAGAAUCUCAUCCGAUUAUUUCUGGCUCCUCUUCGGAAGACGAACCGGUUGAAAGAACUGAGGAUGCCUUGCCUUUGGUAGAAAGUAUUAAAAAACCUGAUAAAGAAAAGUUCCGGAUGAAAAUUUUGCUUCCGAAUAAAGUGAAUUAUCCUCAAGAAAACAUGAAAUUGCUGCUGCCAGAUGUUGUGCUAAAUAACAAAAGAUUAUCGUCUCCCAUUCUAACGAAAAACUUUUGCACAGGUUGUAUAAAUAGGGGAAUGACUUUGACAAACACGAAUGUGUGUAAAAAAAAUACAUUCGCAAAGCGAAAAAAUAUUGAACAAUUUGAGCUACGAGGAAGCAAUCAAAGAUUCUACAAAGAUUCUAUAACAUUUCCAUCUGUGACAGAAAAUUCACCUACAUCGAAAGAUAAUCUUAAGUCUACUUUCUGUCACAGAAAUAUACAAGAAAACGAAUCUGCUGACCAUAAAAAAGAACUGAUGAAUAAUUUAAAUUUACCAAUGGCAAAUCUUACAGAUAUGAAUUUCCCUCAGUGCAGGUAUCAUCACAAGAACAAUUUUAAUUCUUCUUCUGGGAAAUGGAAUAUUUCCACCGAUGCAGAAUCAAGACCGAAAUCUCCGUUGGAAACAAUCGCUGCUGAUGCGAUCCCACUAUCGCCAUACAUGAUGGAACUGGCGAGGCUUCGCAAGGAGAAGUUGAAAAUCGAGGAAAAGAUGCUUUUGAAACGAAGGCAGGCUUUGGAAUUGGAAAGACUGAGACCACCUGUUGAUAAAUGGUAUGAAAUGAAAGACCAUCACUUCCACCACGAAGCUCAUAGAAAUAAUGUAUACGUAAAAAAUCAAAAUAUUUUACCUUUGAUAGAGGAUAGACGGAGACUUUUACAUGAAACGAUUGCUGUGGGAAAGUACACAGUUAAAAAAUAAAUUUCAACAUUAUAUUAUGUUUUCAGAAAAUAUUAUGUUACAGAUACAUUAUAUUAUGUUACAGAAAAAAAAGUUUUCAUUCAUAUUUUAAAAAUAUUACGAUGAGAGAAAGAUUUACUAUAAGCAAAUACGAAUCAAGAGCUUUUAAAAUAUGCUUAGCAUAUUAUAAAUUUUAUUUUCUGUUAAACAAUCCUGCAUUGUUGACAGAGAACUAUUUAUCAAAAUAAAAGAACGGGAGAAAUUAAAUAAGCCUAAUUUAUGAAUUAGGAACAUUUGAGAUUGUUUCAUAUUUCAAUAACUAUUACUUCGCUCUCUUUCAUCACUUAUAGACCACGAUGGCCAGGUAUCGGCUUGGAAAACUUAGUGUUUCAAGUUCGAGACCAGAUUUCACCGAAACACUGUCGUGUAAGCUGGUCUGGUGCACGUUAAAUCCGUCGGGGCCAAACGUCCUCUCACUGGUGUGAUUUGGAUGUUUGGAUAGGAGGUGCCAGCUCAGGUGUCUUCCUCAUCAUCUUCAAAAUCACGAGGUCCAUCCCAAAAUAUCCCUAGUGUUGCUUUAAAACGGGACCUUAAUAUAACUAAACUAAACUAAAUUAAAUCAUCACCUACACUUUCUCAAUCAUACUGUAAUUGUUGACUUUAUCGCAUUAGUUUGAACUCUUUAUAGCACAUGAAUUUAAAAGCUGAAAUAAAAGUAGUUCAAAAAUGAAAUUGUUUUCACAUGAAAAAAAAAUCGUUAUUAAGACAGAAUAUGAAAAUAAGCUGUAGGCUUUUAUUCUUUUAAUAUUCUAAUCCUUACAAGGAAAUAAUUUUG